CGCCCGACAACCGGCAGUCUCGGUCAAACUUCUGUGAGGUGUGUAUGUUGUGGAUUUCCUAAAUUCGUCAAUGUCUGUCGUGAAUUUAAAUCAUAAAAAUUCCAAUGAAACAUUUACGAAAGUUGUAUCAAUCAGUUCAAAAACAUUCAAUCAUUCGAAAACAAAAAAAAUUAGUCAUCAAGCUUUCAACUUUUCGACGGCUCUUCGAAAGAAAUAUCGAUCAAAUAAAAUUUCAAUAAACAUUCGAAAGAUCAAUUGAUCAUACAAGUAAUUAAUAAAAAAAAUUUAUUGUAUAAUUAAAAUUUAUUAGUGAAAAAUGUCACGCGGGAUAUUGAAGAACCGACACAUAAAAGACGAAAAAGAGAACAAACGUUUUAUUGGGCAGAUGAAUAGGAUAAUAAUCCUGUAAAAUCACCAAGCGAAAGUGGGAGGAAAUAAAUUAGAAUAUUAUAGUGGGAGUGAAUUUCUGAACAGUUAAGCUUUAAACAGUGCAACAGUCUUUGGGGUAAGAUCAUAGUGAAGCCACGUGUCGCGCUUGUCAAAUCAAUUAUUUCGUAUUGCAUUCACUUUAAUGAUAUACUUAAAUGAUAAGGCAAACAAAGGACAAAUAAUUUUUGUUAUCUAUUCAUUCUUCAUAUGCGAUAAUUUUAACUAUUCACAGACAUAGUUAUUUAAAAUACAUAUUAAAUUAAAUAAUAUAUCGACACAAUAUCCGUGUGAAUUAAGUAAAUUAUGAUAAUGAAAAUAAGGAAAAUUGAAUAAAUUUUCACGAGUUAGAUUUAUUAAAAAUAUUUAUCAAAGAAUUAUCAGAAUAUAAACAAAUUUUGACAAGAUAUGCUCUAUUUGGAGAUAAAAAUAGAAUUAGUCAAUAUUCAAAGAAAAAAGUUACGAUUUUUUCACGCUUUUCAAUAAUUUAAAAUGGAAGCUAGAAACAAUAAUGAAAAUUCUCUCUGGGUGUUCGGAUAUGGAUCUUUGUGCUGGCAUCCAGGUUUCAAAUAUAAAAAAAGCGCGGUAGGACACAUCAAAGGAUUUAUUAGAAGAUUUUGGCAAGGAAAUACAACGCAUCGGGGAACAAUAGAAAAGCCUGGACGUGUAGCUACAUUGGUUGAGGAAAAAGAGGGUGUUGUUUACGGUCGAGCAUUUCAAGUUCAAGACAGUACAGCAUUACCUUAUUUGGAAAAUCGCGAAUGUACUUUAGGAGGAUAUAUGACAACAAUUACAACAUUUUAUAGUCGUGAAGGAAACAGAAACUUUCCAGUCAUCAUUUAUAUUGCUACCAAUAAAAACGAACACUGGCUUGGUGAUGCACCGCUUCAAAAUAUAGCAAAACAAAUUUUCGAGUGUUCAGGUCCAAAUGGGCACAAUGUCGAAUAUCUUUUACGAUUAGCAGACUUUAUGCACCGUUAUCUACCAGAAGCUCAUGACGAACAUUUGUUCACUUUGGAAAUAUUAGUGCGUUCAAAGAUAAAGGAAAUGAAUAUAUGUCUGAAUACGUUAAUGGGUGACCGAAAUUUCAAUAUUGAUAUCGAGGACAUCGAUGUGAAGGAUGACGACAAUGACUUAGUCACCAAUAACGCUACUGGCAAUCUCAGGAAAAAUUCCUUCCAAUUUACUCUUCAAGUACCUGAUAAGACUAUGCGUUGUCUCAAAAUGUAGUUUACAUUUGUUAAUGCUUCAAUAUUUGCAUUUUUGCAGAAUUUAAAGAGGCAAACGAUAGAUAGUUAAAGAAAAUAGGAUAAAUAAAUCAUAAAUAUUCUUUAUAAAUAUUUAUAUUAAAACGUUCGUAUUUUUCGAGAAUAAUUCGUACAAUAUUUGUUCUCAAAUAAUAUACGAAUUAAAUCUGAAUGUAAUACAAAUGUAUUUUAAGAAUAAUGAAAGCCAUGUUUUGGCAGCUUCGUAUUAUAAAAUAUAUUUGCAUGUUAAAAUGUCGCACUUUUAUUUUUAAAUGUGCUGGACAUUAAUUCAAAUGAUAUUUUUUAAAAAAAAGUUGUGCCUUAAUUUAUUAUAAUUGAGCAUAAUUGUAUGUAUUACAAGUGUUCCUUUCUAUAAUUUUCUAAAUUGUAAGUUAACAAAUUUUGUAUAUUGACAUGCAAAAUAUAGUAAUUUAUAAAAGAGA